AUGUGCGAAGAGACCUACGGAAGUUUACGCACAGUGGAGAAACAAGAUGCGUCGAAAUAUAUUCAAUUCAGCGAACAAGACAACAGGUUGGACCACCAAACACGCGUCUUACAGAAUAAAUUAGACCAGCACACGAGAAUAUUUGCUUCCAUGUGUCCAGAUGAGAUUCUAGACCAUUACGAUGAUUACCAGACUAGAAUGUAUUACACUACUUUGAUGCUUGGGGAUGUGUCAGGGUUCACGGAUCUCGCUGAGAAGUACACUAAAACGGGCAGAGGUGGCCCAUCCAAGUUGACCGACACUUUAAACAGUUACAUCGGCGCAAUGGUCCAAGAGAUCCUGUCCCAUAAUGGCGACGUGCUAAAAUUUUCUGGGGACGCGUUCAUAGUAAUGUGGAAGCUGAACGAGGGCAUGGUGAUGCGCGAUCUGGCGAUAGAAGCGAUGCAAACCGCUUGCAUCAUUCAAAAACACUUCGGAACUUAUGACACCGAGGUUGGGGUAACCCUCAAAGUAAAGUUAGCGAUAGCCUCUGGAAGAACGUACUUCACGUCUAUCGGAGACCCAGAUUCCAGAUCUCAUUAUAUCAUUACUGGGAAACCUGUGUGGGAUGUGAAAUUCGCUGAGGGCCUCUGUAGGGGUGGUGACAUUCUGGUAGCUCCCAGCAGUUGGCAAUGGGUGAAUCCAAAUGAGUACGUGCACGAAACACUUCCGGAUGGUAUACACACCCUUAUUGUUGGCUGCACAAGCUCGUGGUAUCAGUCUAAGGAAGAUAUCGUAGCAACCAGCUCGGAUGAGGAAACAGACGAACAUAUGCCCAAGCAUGCUUACGAUUCAAUGUACGUUUCGAAGGCAAUCGCGGAUUCAGAGACCGAAGCAGUGAUGAUGAGCCUAGCUGGCGACACCUUCGAAGCAGAACAAAUCAAACAAAUCGAUUACAGCUUACGACCUAAAAUCGUAAAAAUAGCGAAAGCUCGUCUGAAAGACGCUCUGAGGAGCUACAUGCUGAGACCAGUGAUACGAUCCGUGGAAAUGGGCGAACCCUUGGAGUAUCUGACUGAAAUGAGGCAAGUGGUGAUCCUCUUUAUCAACGUUAUCACCACAUCCGUGGACAAGAAGACGUUGAUUUCCUUGGUCGACACUGCUUACAAACUAGUUUGCAAGAUCGUUGGCGAAAUGCACGGAUGCGUGAACAAGACGUCCCUCUUCGACAAGGAUCUAAUGUUUCUCUGUGUUUUCGGUUUACGAGGCGACAAGCACGAACUAGAGUCUCAGAUUGGGCUGAGAUGCGCGGCGAAACUGCGAAUGGGGCUCCUGAAGUUGGAAAACGUUAAAUCGGUCACUGUCGGGGUGACCACGGGCAUGACGUACUGUGGGGUUGUGGGACAUAUCUUGCGAAGGGAGUACACCGUGAUUGGAAUAUCUGUGAACAAGGCUGCGAGACUUAUGGUCGCGUAUCGCGACAGGGUCGUUUGUGAUCGAGAGAGUUUUCUCCAUUCUCGUCUCGAAGCCAGACACUUCAUCCUGCAGGAACCCAGGUACUUAAAAGGAAUCUCGAACGUUGGACCCAUAUACGAAUUUCAAGAAACACCGAAAUAUAGCGUGUCCGAUUUGGUAUGGAACAAGGACCCGUUGCUUGGUCGAGAAGCCGAAGUGAAGCAAUUCGAGCAAAUGCUGGCAAUAUUAUCGGAUUAUUCCACUCAGGAUAAAUCGACUCGUGGUCCAAGGCCAACAGGUGAGCCAAGGAUAGGAAAGACCAGGUUGUUGGACGAAUUCACGCAGAACGUUCCAGUUGGAGUUCAUUAUAACUACAUUCCACUGAACGUCGAUGACGCCAAGGCCCCGUACAACCUGAUUCACCUAAUAUUCUCGAUGCCCCUCGGUUUCUCCGUCGCCUCGACACCCAAAGAACGCGAGGACAAGCUGCUACUUCGCCUUGGCACGGUGCGUCAGUCGCACCUUCUGUGCGCCCUUAAUCAGCCCUUCAAUGUGCACUUCGCCAUCACUCAUCGUUACAACAUUUUAACCGAAAUGGAGAAGUGGAAGGUGUUGCGUAAAUUCCUGUUGAAACUGGUGAAGAGCUGCUUCGAAGCGCUGUGGGUGAUCAUGAUCGACGACGCAGAGUGCAGCGACCACGAGUCCCUGCAGCUUUUCGACGUUCUGACCAAGACGGACACGGUAUUCUAUAUCGUCUGCAUUGGUCGAAAGCUCAACACCGACACUCAGGUGUAUUCUAACCUUUUGAUCAGGGGAAAGGUCAUCGAACUCGGUGGAAUAGACAAGUGGUACCAUGCUGGCCUUGCCUGUCAAAUACUCAACGUGAAUGGUGUGCCAGCAGAGCUCGAGAAACUCAUACAAGAAAAGAGCUUUGGCAAUCCAGGCUGGAUCGAGAGCUACUUAGUGAGCCUUCUGCAAGCUGGAGGCUUGGAAAUAAUAGUCAUCAGCAAACAAAAAGCUAACAAACUGGGCUACGUGUUGCCUCCCAUGUCCAUGUUGAAAAGAUUUAUGUCGAACACGGCAAACCAGAACAGCGUUGGCCAAAAUCGCUCGGACAGGUGGCAGAUGUACAGAACAAGCUUCAAAGACAGCAUGAUCUCGUUGCUCGAGAACAACUCCAAGAACCCACACAAAUCGACCGUGGUCGUCGACGGAGAACAGGAGAUGAUCGCCGUCUGCACCAUCUCGGAGAACUUCACGUACGAGGACGUCGACACUGAAUUCACAAUGGAUGUUAUGAUCUUGAAGCUCUUCGACUCCUUAACACCUCUCGACCAGCUCCUUCUGAAAUGCGCUUCCGUGAUUGGGGAAACUGUUAACAGACACAUGCUUGAAAGCCUGAUGAACAUCUCUGCCAAAAGGGAAAUUGGACUUGCUAUUACGAAGCUGUUCGAAAUACGAGUGUUUGGGUGCGCAACUGGGGACUUUUCCAGAAACAGGGGACCAAUAAUAUUCAUCAGGAACAUGAGGAACCCCGCGUCGGAGAUGGAAGUGUUCUGCAGCUGCAUUGGCAUCACUAUUCCAGAUGAAUUGGACGAUCUGCCAAAGUACGCCUCCUGCGGUCUGAUGAGGUUCAAAAUGUCCAUGUUCCGCGACACGACGUAUCAAUUGCUCACGGAAAACCAGAAAAUGGAGUUGCACAACCAAGCAUUGAAGUACCUGCAGCAACACACGAGACGUUGCGUGUCCUGUGGACAGGGUGAGUUCGCGAAACUGCUGGGGAAAGUGUCGAAGAAAGAGAACAGAAGGAAGAGAACGACCAACAUAGAUCAGAUGUUUGACAGCACGACUUUCAGUGACAUUGAUGUUAUCGAGGAAGUCAAAGAAGAAGGCAAAGCGUUCCUUUCGUGCUUCAAUGGGUUUCUAACUGUCGAAAGGCAGCCAACUGUCACCUUCUCGGACGUGGAUUUCAGCGACUGUCAGUGUAAUUUGAUCCUGAUGACUGUCUACACUCAGAUUCUUGGCCAUUGCCAUGGUAUCGGGAAGACCGAAAUGGCGAUGAUCGCCAUUUUGGAGUUCGCAGAAAUUUGCGUAAUGGCGUGCAACAUACCUCAAGCUCGACAGCUCUUGAUGGAGGGCGAGAAGAUCCUCGCGGAGCUGUUCAAGUCGGAGGACGACGAACUGGUCCUCUUGCCUUAUCUCACCGCCAAAAUUCAAACCCUUCAAGGUCAAUGUUUCCUCGAAAGCGGUUCCAUUCUCGAGGCAGAGGAAAGCUUCGAAAUGGCGUUGGCCAUUCUGGGAUACAAGUUCCCAAAAAUGGAGAUGAUGAUCGAUUUGAAAUCGUUCAUACAGCUGGUAACGUUGAGAUUGAAAUUCAGUUGCUCCAGGAAGUGGCAGCUCGAUACCGAGUACGAUGAAGACAGUGUGGAGUACAUUGAACAGUUGGCUGACUGUCUGGCUCGAAUGUUCAAUCUCUUCAGGAUGAAUGGGAUGAAGAAGCACGCACGAUUGGCAGCGCUCUGGGGUUUGAACACGGUUAUAAAUUCCUCUAGAAACUUAUUCCUCCUUUGCACUUCCUACACCAACAUGCUGAUCACUGCUCACAUGUACCGAGACAGGGCCAUAAUUCCCUACUUGGAGGAGAGUGGUAUCAGGAUCUGCAGCGAGAGCAAGGAGUCCCUCGAGUACUCGGAGCUGAGCGUGAUCGCUGAAUUGUACGCUGGAAUAUUUUUCUCUCGCUGGGUGAGAGGACAAAUCGCGAAGGCCACGAAAAUCGGGUUCGUCUGCUGCAGAAUAGCUAACACCAUCGGGUCCACGUUCUUGCAGCUGCUGUUACUGCCUCGAUUGGCUCAUCUUCUUAUGCUGUCGUGUCGUCACCCGGAAGUCGUCGCGCAAUUGAGAGAAUUGGAAUUUGUGUCCAAGAACGAUUUGGACAAAUCUGGACGCACCUGGUACUAUGCGUUGUGCGCAGACGUCCACUUAGACACAGGUAUAACGAUCCUCUCCUUUCAAUCGUGCGAGGAGUACUUUCUUCGAGAAGGUGAAACGAUGAUCAGCCUGCGUGAUCCGGAAGCGGAGAGGCGAUACUUCACCUCUAUGUGGUUGUGGUGCAUCAGAACUGAGCAAUGGGAGGCUUCGCGAGUAUGGGGCAGUAAAAACGUGGGUGAUGGAGUCAUCAUGGACGAGCACAUGGUAGCAGCAGCGACUACUUCCUUGAAGAAACUCGAGGGGCUGCUAAUUCUUUAUGUGCACAAACUGAAUAGCAGAAACGUCGAUGCAGCCAUAACUAUGAGGGAGAUACAAAGCAUGUUCAAGAAGAUAAAAGCAAUGAUUAAAAUUAGUAAACUUAUAAUUCCUAGAUACAUGAUGUUGAAAGCUUAUUAUUGCAUGAUCAAGUUUCGAAGAGGCGCAGCAAUGAAGCUGUUGAAACAAUUGAAGGCAUUCUGCUUGAAAGAAGAGAACAGAAUGAUGUACACAUGGGCAGUUCAUUAUGAAAAGGUUUGGUCAGGCCGUUUAUCUUCUAUAGAAAAAGAUAUGUGGAAGACAAUCUCAACCAACGAUAUGCAUCCAGAAUGGACUGAAAUCAAUGCAAAUCAAUCCAACAUGGUGGUCUUUACUUUCCCACUACCAAAAUAUCCUCAGUGAUGUCU